AUGUGUUAUAAAAAAUCGAAAAAAUUAUUUAUUGUUCUCGCCUUUGUGGCUGCUGCCACUGCCCAACUCAGCAGUGAAUAUUUGCCACCUGUAGCUGCUAGCACCACCUAUGAAGUUGCUGCCGCUGCCCCAGUUGCUGCUGCCGCUCCAGUUACAUCUUACUUGGCUCCAGCUGCCUCUUUUGAUACCGUUGAGGUUGCUGCUCCAGCUCAUAGUUAUUCCGAUGCUGAGGGUUAUCGUUAUAAGACCCAAAAACGUCGUGUUGUCAAAACUGCUCGUCGUCAUCGUCGUGAUGUGUCCACCGAAUAUUUGCCACCUGUAGCUGCCAGUACCACCUAUGAAGUUGCCGCCGCCGCUCCAGUCACAUCAUAUUUGGCCCCAGCUGCCUCAUUUGAUACCGUUGAAGUUGCUGCUCCAGCCCACAGUUUCUCCAAUGCCGAAGGCUAUCGUUACAAGACGCAAAAACGUCGUGUUGUCAAAACUGCUCGUCGUCAUCGUCGUGAUGUUUCCACCGAAUAUUUGCCACCUGUUGCUGCCAGCACCACCUACGAAGUUGCUGCUGCUGCCGCUCCAGUUACUUCCUACCUGGCCCCAGCUGCCUCCUUCGAUACCGUUGAAGUUGCUGCUCCAGCACACAGUUUCUCCGAUGCUGAGGGUUACCGUUACAAGACCCAAAAACGACGUGUUGUUAAAACUGCUCGUCGUCAUCGUCGUGAUGUGUCCACCGAAUAUUUGCCACCUGUAGCUGCCAGUACCACCUAUGAAGUUGCAGCCGCAGCUCCAGUAACAUCCUACUUGGCCCCAGCUGCCUCUUUUGAUACCGUUGAAGUUGCUGCUCCAGCCCACAGUUUCUCCGAUGCUGAGGGUUACCGUUACAAGACCCAAAAACGACGUGUUGUUAAAACUGCUCGUCGCCAUCGUCGUGACGUGUCUACUGAAUACUUGCCACCUGUAGCUGCCAGCACCACCUAUGAAGUUGCUGCUGCUGCUCCAGUUACUUCCUACCUGGCUCCAGCUGCCUCUUUUGAUACCGUUGAAGUUGCUGCUCCAGCACACAGUUUCUCCGAUGCCGAGGGAUACCGUUAUAAGACCAAUCGUAGCCGUGUUCUCCGUCGUCAUCGUAAUUAA